GCCCCCCUGCAGGCUGGAAGAACACUUCAUUACAGUCUCCGCCUCCUCACAGAACCCACAACAUCACCUGUCCAUAAAGUCCCGCCUCCCUCCUCAGCAGUUGCCCCACUGUCCGUUGAAGGGCGCAAUGUUGGCUCCGCUCCGCAGGGGGCCAAAGAGGCUUUGCUGCGUCAUGUUGGAGGAGGCAGCACCCAGGGCCUUCCCAUGAUUGGUCGGCUUACCCAGGAGGCCAGACUGCUCUCCGCCUCCCAGCCGACUCUCCCCCACCGCAGCUGGGCGAGCGUGCAACCUCACCCGCCUCUCCAUCGCAAAGCAUCCGGAGGAAACCUGCUUCCGGCACCCUUCCUUUUGUCAUCAGGACUUGCUAGAGGAGGAAGUGCAGGUGUUUUGAGCUCAAACUCGCCUAGUGCCACACAGGCACUGACAAACACACCCCUGCUGUUGGCAUACACACCUCCACUCACAUCAGCUCCAGGAUCAGCUCCGUCACCCCAUGCCCCCUUUUCGUCCUCCCCGAAGCAAACCCCUCUUUUUUCCACCAACCCUCCUUUAUCCCUCACGACCACAUCUUCUGGUCUAGGGGUUCCUCAAACCCAGCGAGUCAAAGCAGGCACUGCAAUACCUACUCCUUCAACCUCUCCUCCUCCUUGCCUACACCCUCCUUCUCCCUCUCAGUCCACCUCCACCUCUCCAACUUCAUCUUCUGGCACCUCUUUGGCUCAGAAUUCCCGUACCAAACCCUCUCAGACGCCUCCUCCACCGUCCCCAUUAUCCUGCACCACCAACUCAACGCCCACCAUCACUCCAUCUCAAACCCCCACCCCGACCCGAACCCCAACCCCUGUUCAAACCCCUAUUCAGACCCCCACCCAAUCUAGAACACCAGUGGCCAUCCAAACCCAAUCCCAGGGUCGGUGUCCAACUCCCGUCCAGAUCCCAGCAGCUGCACAAGCUCCGACCUCAACCUCCAUUCAGAGUCUGCUUCCCACUCAGACUCCAAGUAAACCUAUGAGUUCCACCAUGGGUCAGAGUGCUGCUGUCCAGAUGCCAGCCGCUGUCCAUGUUCUUGGUCCUCCUUCGACUUGUUCUGCAGUCUCCAGUCAAACCCAAACCUCAACUACCAUACAGACUCCAAAUCCUUCCUGGACCCCAGGCUCUCCCAUCAAUACCCCAGCCCAAAGUGGACUGUCAACCCCUGUUCUGAACCAAUCGCAGACACAAGCCACACCUGCUAAAGCUACCGCUGCUGCUGCAUCAUCACCUUCUCCUUCAUCAACUCCAUCUCCAGCUGCUUCACAGCCACAGAAGUCCGCUGCUAGCCAGACUCAGACUUUAAACGUUCUGUCCACUCCAACCUUAAGUCCAUCUCCCAUUCCUGCUUCCACUGCCUCCUCAUCUACAGUCCUCCAGUCCAUCUCCACUUCAACAAAAGAGGCAAAGAAAGAGCAGGACUUGCCUCAGACACAGAGAGAUUCAGAGACAAAGACACAAAAAUAUCCUGCUAGCAUUUGAGGAGGGAGGUGUGUGCUGGACAGAGGCUCAUGUUUUGUCCGAGAAGCAGAAGUGGAAACGCGCGUUCAACAUGAAAACGGAAGGAGCGCGUUAAAUGUGAUCAGCAGCCGCGGUCG